UUGUUUGGUGUCAGUGUGUAACAACCGCUCGGUUACAGAAAUGGGAGAAUAAUUUAUAGAACUCCAUAGACUGGGAUGGCGUAAAAGCCGGAACAAGAUGGAACUGCCCGGCAAGGUUAGCCUGAGUGGGAGGAGCCUGAAUGUCCACAGCCGAAGAAGGGAGAGUCGCUGUGUCCACAGCCUAAGAGGUGGGAGUCUGUCAAUCUACAGCCUAAGAGGGGGAAGGCCGAACAUCCACAGCCCAGAUACCCACCAGCAGAGGGAGAAUGCCUGCUGGUUCCAGCUCCACCGCCAUAGGAGGACUGCUUGUCACUCCCAUCUCCACCAGCAGAGGGAGAAUACCUGCUGUUUCCACCUCCAACCCCGUGGGGGACUACUUACCCCUCCCACCUCCACCAGCAGAUGGAAAAUACCUGCUGGUUCCACCUCCGCCACCGUGGGAAGACUGCGUGCCUCUCCCACCUCUACGAGCAGAGAGAGAAUACCUGCUGGUGGCACCUCCACCGUCUUGGGAGGACUACUUGCCGCUCCCACCUCCACCAGCAGCAGAGAGAGCAUGCUUGCUAGUUCCCCCACUGCCACCAGAAGGGGAGGAGCCCCUGCCGCCUUUGCAUCAGAAGGGGAGGAGCCCCUGCCGCCUUUGUCAGGAGCAGAGCAGCAGGAGCUGCAUCUGUCUUCACCACCACAACCCAAGGGGGAGGAGCAGGAGCUGCCUCUCCCUUCACGACAGGACAGACCAGGACAAGAGGCUACCGGGUCUCAGCAGCCCCUGCAUAGGUUGCUAAGGGGAGCACAGGGAAAACCCCAGCACCACGGCUAG